UUUUCAAAUGCCAAAUGCCAUAAAAGUGAUGUAAAUUAUAAACCAUAAUAUACUUUUCCAGAAUUUCUGUUGAUAUAAAUACAAACAUGAAUAAAAAUAUUCUCGUUUUUAUACCAAAUACUUUAAAAAGGAAUAAAACGGGCUACCUUAAAGGUUGUUACAGAAAAUUCGAAGACUGUGAAGCAUUUUAUAUUACAGAUGAAGUAAUUUUGAAUAGUUGUAAACAAUGUAUAGGUUACAUUGGAAAGAGUUUCAAAAACUUUAAAUGUAAAGAAAAUCAUUUUUUAUUUUUAAACAAUUCUAAUUCCAAUUGUAAAAUAUUGGUUAACAAUGGCGAUUAUGGGGGCCGUUCUGUAAUAGACAUUAUUUAUGAUUACCACGGUUUUAAAAAUUCAGAUAUAAUUUGUAGAGAGGGUGAUAGUUAUGGAAAACAUUUUAAGUUUAUUGCAGAAGAACUAAGGAAAUCCAAUCUUGACGGCCUUAAAAUAAAUGGAAGAAAAAGUUUUUUGGCUUCUACGGCUCUGAUAAUAAUUUUUAUAUUAAAUGUUAUUUUAAAGGUUUUGAAUAUUUUAAAACCAAUGCUACAAUACUCAGCUACAUUUCUACACUUUGAAAACAAUGCACUUAAUUUGAGAUGGUUUUUGGAAGAAAUUGUAGGAAAGAAAAAACUGUCACCAAAAACAGGAAACAUGCUUGUAGCAAAAAUCGUAGACUUAGUGAUAGGCAUUGUUUUGUUAAACUGGUUUCUGAGAUAUGAAAGCAGCAUUUUAAAUUUUAUUGAAACAAUUAUAGAGGAUAUCAUAACUAAUUUAAAAGGACUCUUACUAUAUUUAAUGGGCUCACCAAUUGGUUUGAAACUAAACCACUCGUUUAACAACACACUGGGUAAAUUUUUCUUCUACCACAUAUCUCUGUGGAGGGUAUUCCUUCAGGGGACAGAACCGCUUUUAAGAGCAUAUUUUAAAUAUCUCGUCUUACCAGGAGCUUUAGGUUUUUCCUUCCAAACCGCCAUGUUUUCUGAUAUAGUGUCUAUUGCUACGUUCCACGUUUAUUGCAUAUAUGUUUAUGCAGCCAGAUUAUUCCUGCUGCAGAUAAGAGGAUUAGCAUCCCUUUGGAGAUUAUUCAUUGGCAGAAAGUUAAAUCCAUUAAGGGAGAGAGUAGAUUCUUGCAAAUACACUCCCGAUCAAUUGUUUAUCGGAACCUUAGGUUUUACGAUAUUAUUAUUUCUUUUGCCUACUACUGCGAUGUACUAUACAGUAUUUACCACAUUUCGUCUGGCAAUAAUACUUGCAAAUGGUUUGUUGUUAAGGGCCAUAUUUUUAUUGAAUACUCUACCGUUGUAUGUGUUAGUCCUUUGGAUUUUCAAUUCUUCAAGUGUGGCAGGAACUGUUUAUAUCACUUGGAGAAAUGACGAAGACACUGAAAAAGUUGUAGUAGAAGCAAAGUUAAACCCCUUACCACUGACAAAUAGUAUAAAAAAAUUCGUUCCAGAUUCAGUCGGUUCUGUUGAAGGAAAAUCGUACAGUUACAUCUUACACAGCAUGUUUACGGGUAUGUUGCUUUGAAUAAAAACUAUUUUAAUCAUU